AUAUCUAAAAGACUAGUGGUUGGAGUUGGGUAGUUUAACAUAUGACUCUAGAUUUGUACCUCAGUGCCUUCUGAAUCAUAGUAAAUUCAGGUCUAUCGGUACUAGGAGGUGGAAUUUGACUGGACAGUAUAAGUGUGGGUUGUCCAAAAAGUGAAUUGGGCCAAACUAUUUCAAUGAAUCUGCCCUGAGCAGAGGUUGCGAGCCAAACACACAACAGAAUGAUACCCAAAUGCUCUGCUCCACCUCAGUUUCAGACCUUGACCGGUCUCCGACAACUCGCUGAAACGCGCCGUUUCAAGGUAUGGUUGUUGGACCAGUUCGGAGUCCUUCACGAUGGAAAACACCCUUAUCCCGCUGCUAUUUCAACAUUAGAAAAUAUAGCCAAAACGGGUGCUAAGAUGGUCAUCAUUAGCAACUCCUCGAGACGAUCAUCAGUCACCAUUGAAAAAGUGAAGGGUCUUGGAUUUGAUGCCUCUCUCUUUCUGGGAGCCAUCACUAGUGGAGAAUUAACUCACCGCUACUUGCAAAGGAGAGAUGAUCCUUGGUUUGCAGCAUUGGGAAGGUCUUGCAUUCAUUUCACCUGGAAUGGCCGGGGAGCAAUAUCUCUUGAGGGCUUAGAUUUGCAAGUUGUGGAGGAUGUUGAAGAAGCUGAAUUUGUUUUGGCUCAUGGUACUGAAGCCUUGGGAAGUGCUGAUGGCAGUGCACGUUCAAUGACACUUGAAGACCUAGAGAAAAUAUUGGAGCGUUGUGCUGUCAAAGGAAUUCCUAUGGUGGUAGCCAAUCCAGAUUAUGUGACUGUUGAAGCAAGAGAUUUGCGUGUGAUGCCUGGUACACUGGCAGCUAAAUAUGAAGAGCUAGGGGGUGAAGUAAAAUGGAUGGGAAAACCUGAUGAGAUAAUCUACAAGUCAGCCAUGGCCAUGGCUGGGACUGAUGUUUCUGACUGUAUUGCUGUGGGUGAUUCACUCCAUCAUGAUAUUAAGGGUGCUAAUGCUGCUGGAAUCGAAUCAGUUUUUAUCACUGGUGGAAUUCACACUACUGAACUUGGACUACAAGGUAUUGGAGAAGUUGCAGAUCCAUCUUCUGUGCAAUCACUUGCAACCAAAUAUGAAGCUUAUCCAUCUUAUGUGUUGCCCACAUUCACAUGGUAGGACAUCAUCUCAAGGAAUCUGAACUACCACAGUUAUAAUUGUAAUUCUUUUGCUUUUGUAUGAUUUAUUGGUCAUUGGUACGAAGUACAAACUAUGUGUUGAUAAUUUGGAAACUAAAACAGAUAAGAUGGAAAAGACGAAAAUAUAGUGCAUGCAUAGUGAAGUUUUACUUUAUUCUUGAAA